CAUACCACAGUACAACUUACAGUAACGUUGGGUUCAACCAUAUAUGUCAAUGGGCUGUACUGUCACCGAAGCUUAUUAAGACUUCAGAUAUUUGACGUUUAAAAGGUCACUUCCUAAAUGCAAAGACGUUUUUAAAAAGGGUGCGCGGACAAUAUAUAUCCAAUUUACCAGGUCGUUUCCGUUACUGUCAUGGCUCUGCUUCGUACUUGGUGCUUUUUAGCUUAAAUGCUAAUGUUGGUCGAAGCCACUAUCGUCGACGUCAUGCACCAGCACGUAGCCUCUAAGAGGAGAAGCCGCUUCUUACUUUUCUUUUGACCACCGAGUUGAGAAACAGUUUCCCAUACAGAAUGGGGAUGUGCCUACCGUGCUUUGGUGGGGCAGUCGACGACGCUGUUGACACUCCAGAUCCAGAGACGAGGAGGCGACAGUUAGCCGAGGCUGCAGAAAAAAGACAAAAAGAGACAGCACACAGGGGUGUUAAAAACCCAGAAGCGGUUGAAAGGAAAAGAAAAAAGCAAGAAGAGAUUGAAAAACAGACGAUGAGUACAUCUGUGUCUAGUGGUGGCGGGUUGAGGUGGCAGGUGGGCUGAAAGAGAGGCUUGAAAAGGUCCAAAACCAAAGAGGGAUCGCUACGAGAUAUUUUGAACAGCUGCCUGCAUCUGUUUUUUUUUUUUUUUUUUUCCCCCUUCUUUCUUUUCUAUUUAACAAUAGUUUGAGAUGAACAGCUCCAAGUUCUUAAUCCGGUUAGAUGUGAUUAGAGCAAGAAAACACAGCUGCAGCCUUGUUGCCAAACCAGCUGGGACAACCCCAGAGGAACUUAUUAGCAAUCUAAACAAUAACCAGAGGAUCAUUUGAUGACAUUUCCAAACAUAAUUUUGACCGAUGACAGUUGUCACAAUAUUUUUUUUAAUCACGUUUGGCUGCUGAAUGAAGUGCAUGCUUGGAGUUGAAUAUAUUCCAGUUGAUCACAGCUUUUGUGAAUAACAUAACCAAGUCACUCAAAACAAAAAGUUCAUGUUCUGCGCUGUCGUUUAAUGAAAUCCAACACUACCUUUUUUUUUUUUUUUGAGCACAAUUUCACUUUGCUGCAGUGAACCAUGCCACAUGUAUAACCUGCUGAGUUUUUUUUUUUUAUGAACUGCAUUGCCAUAUGUAAGCUUUUUCUUUCGAGCACAUUUGUAUGUGUAUACACUUGAUUUAUAAGGUAACAGCAAUGUGAAUGGAAUAUAUAGUGGGAAACUGAAACACUAAGUUAUUGAACUUUGAGCUACUAAGUGCAUUUUUCUCUGCUUUGACUUGAUGUAAACACUUUCGGCAUUUGGUCGCAAAGAUAAUCAAGCCAAUGUAAUUUGCUACAAUAAAUCAUAUUUCUGAUAUGACUAUGUAUUUUGUUUGUACAUAUUCCCUUUACAUGCGGAAGAAAAAAUUAAAAUACUCAUUGACACAAAUUG